CCUUGGUGGAUUGAUUUGAAUACGGCAAACGUAGAGAGGUUCAGCCAGGCGACUGUAGGAAGCAUUAUAGCGACCCAUCAUCAAGGACAAACACCAAACCUCACACAGAAUUACGACUCCCACAAAACAUGAAGGUGGCAUUGUUUCUGCCAGUGACAAUAGUCGUUACUGUCGCUUUGGUGGGGAUCAUGAAAAUCCGGAAAAAGGAGCACGACAAAGAAGAUAAACGGAACAAAUUUCAGGAUAUCAAGUUGCGGGUGACUUUCGAUGUACUGGGAGAGUAUCGGAGCGAGCAGGAACUUCUGGAGAACUUGCUAGGCAAGACCCAAGAAGAGCAAAGUGCGCUGGAGCAAGAAGUGAACAGGCUCUGGACCAAAGUAGAUGCGGCAAAGGCUCAAGUGGACAUCUGCCUGGGAGGCAAGAAAUCUGCAAAUGACGCACUGGCUGCAGCAGAGACCAAAUUCAGUAAUCUCCAAGCUGAACAUGGGAAGGAAAAGACCAACUGGGAAACAGAAGUGUCAGCACUUAAACAGCAACUAACAACCCGGAGCUCAGUGUGUAACUUUUUGAAAACAGGAUCCUCAUCAGCAAGCAAGUUGUGUGGCGAUGAAUUGAUCAAGGCCCAAGAGGAACCAAAGGCAGAGGCCCCCAAACAAGAGAAACCAAAGGCAGAGGCCCCCAAACAAGAGGAGCCAAAGGCAGAGGCCCCUAAACAAGAGGAACCAAAGGCAGAGGCCCCCAAACAAGAGGAGCCAAAAGCAGAGGCCCCUAAACAAGAGGAGCCAAAGGCAGAGGCCCCGAAACAAGAGGAGCCAAAGGCAGAGGCCCCGAAACAAGAGGAGCCAAAGGCAGAGGCCCCGAAACAAGAGGAGCCAAAGGCAGAGGCCCCGAAACAAGAGGAGCCUAAAGCAGAAGCCCCUAAGAAGAGAUGAGGUAUUACAACCUGUGUUAUCCGCUCCACAACACUUCAUCUAUUUAAAGAACACAGUUUUUGAUACUUUGCAACCAGGUUCCAGCUUAACUGGCUUUAUGUUACAUGUGGUGCAGGUAGGAAACUGAAGGAGGACUACUUAGAUUUUUCCGUUGCUAAGUGGGAUGUUAAUGAAUUUUCAAUCUGUUAUUUAUUUGUAUGCAAAUACUUUGUGCUGGCAAGAUUCCCUCACAUUUGUUUUAACUGAGAGGCAAUGAGAAGGUAGAGGAGUGAUGUGAAUGGACUUAAAAGGUCAUGCUGUAGAUUCAUGUGAAAUUUAUAGCUUCUCUGCUUCAUGUUGUAUGUCGCUUGAUUUCUCACUCUGCAGCAACAAUGUUUGUCUGCCAUUAUUCCGUUUGGAUUAAUGGCACAAAGAAAAUAAAUACAAUAAAAACUGUGGAAAAAAUGUGGUUUUAAAAAGGAAGGGUUUUAUGUUUACAGUAUCUUGUAAAUAAUGUAUAUCACACAUCAUCCUCACCCAAAUGCACUCAAGGUAUCAAAAUUAUGCAGAAUGGCCCUUUCCAAUGUAUUGUGUUAUCAAAGUACUAUAACAUUAAUGUGCAACCAGGAAUUUAAUGUUGUCCUUGGAGAUGUAUAUACUAUUGUGUAGUUAAAUCUAUAAAAACUCUGCAAAUUAACUAGUAAGU